CUGGGUGAAGGAGAGAGAAAAGGACACUGCCAUUCCCAGCUUCUCCUCAGCGAUGGCUCUGCCUCUUAAGGUCCUGAGUCGGGGCUUGGCCAGUGCAGCCAAAGGAGACCAUGGAGGGGCUGGAGCCAACACCUGGCGCAUCCUGACCUUCGUGCUAGCCCUGCCCAGUGUGGCCCUCUGCACCCUCAACUGCUGGAUGCAUGCUGGCCACCACCAGCGCCAAGAGUUCAUCCCCUACCACCACCUCCGCAUCCGCACCAAGCCCUUCUCCUGGGGGGAUGGCAACCACACACUUUUCCACAAUCCCCAUGUCAAUCCUUUGCCCACGGGCUAUGAGCACCCUUGAAGUCCCAGCAGACACACUUGUUCACAGUCUCCAAAUUGACCUUCUGCAUCCCGGCUAUGAGAGCCCCUGAAGUCCCGGUGGACGGUCCUAAGUGCAAUAAAGGUGUGGAACUUC